AUUAUAUAUGUGAAGGUCAUUUGGAACUUCGAAUCAAAUAAGUCUUUCUCCAAAAGCUACAAAGAUACACUGAAACAAACUAGGAAUACAAGUCAUGAGUAAGAUAAUCCUCGUAUGGGGUAUAUUAUUGGCUGUAGCGUUUGCUCAUGCGCAAGACAGCUGGCAUGACGACGAGGAMUGGUACGAGGGUUCUGUGGACGACGUCGACAGUUUCAUGAGUGGAMYUGGGACGRUCAGCGGUAUGGAAGAGACCCUUGGGGGUGGUAAUGUCGAUGAAUAUGGCGAAGACGAAAUAGGCAUUGAAGACCACGACUUAGACAAUGACUAUGAUGAUCAUGACUAUGAUUAUGAUGAUGAAGAUGAUUUUGAUGAUUUUGAUGAUGAUUAUAGCGAUGACGAUGACGCAGGUUUCGAAUCCAAGACACGCAGAAGAAGUAGACGAUCAGCUAAGCCUUGUAAAACUGGUUGCAAAGUGUGUGCUCCGUUAAAACUAAACUGCAGAGUAUGCAAGAAAGGAUAUAAACAAAGGGGUGCCGGCUGCAUUAAAAUAACACCAAAACCUUUACCCCCAACACCUGCAUCACCGAAAAACGUACAGCAUUGUACAGCAGUACCUAAUUGUCUAGAUUGCCCAGGAACCGCCAUGCCAUGGUUCCGCUCGUGCAAAAAAUGCGCGAAGGGCUGGAUGCUACACCAGGAAACAUUUAGAACCGUAUGCACCAAGAAAUGCCCACAKGGUUACCAGGCAACGAAUGRCAAUAAUGGAUUCUUGCAGUGCAGUGCAAUGAGACUAAAGUGYCCUAAAAUGCCUGGAUGUGAACAGUGCCCUACAGAUAGAUUGUGUACAAAAUGCGCUGGCAAACUCAUUCUUUAUGAUGACGUCUUAUCCUCAAAAUGCGUCAAAAAAUGCCCCUUUAGCUACAAUGAAACGGUCAACAAGAAUGGCAUAAGAGUUUGCAAACAACAAGACGGCUGCCGUGACCGACUUUGCAGUUCCUGCAAGUCUGGAUUGUUCAGGGCUGACUAUAAAGGAAAAGUUUGUCACAAGCAGUGUCCUCCCGGCUAUAGAAUCUUCUGGAGCCAUUUUUGCAAAAAGUGUCCUACAGGAUGUAAAACGUGCAACAGUGCAGGUUGUCAAGUAUGCAAUAAUGGKCUCUCUUGGCAUGCAAAAACAACAUUUCUGGGAUUAAGUCUUGAUAGGCCCAGCUGUGUAAAGAAUUGUCCAAAUGGUUUUAGAAGAGUAUUURUCCAAGGAAAAGGCUWUGAAUGCCACAAAGUUCCAAAGACGACAAAACCUGGAGACCUGCCUUAGAAACCAAUGCUAAAUACAUUCAUGCAGGCACCUSAAGAUUGAUGGACACGUCUGUAUUACGGAAGCCUCUACUUACGGAUACGUCUUUAUUACGGAAACUUUUAAAUUACGGAUACGUCUAUACUACAUAUACUAUAUAUUAUAUUAUGGACACUAAAAUACGGACACGUCUACGUUACGUGUGUACACGCCUUUAAAACGUACACGCCUAUAAUAGACUAGCGUGUGAACAUAUCUGAACAUCACACCAGUAAUGACAWUGCAUAAAAACCUAUAUACUACGUAAACGUCCUUAGUAUUACGUACGAACUCUGUCUUGUGGACACGUACAUGUAUUAGGGACAGCUUUAGUUUUCGCUAUAUUAUUCGUUAGAUAUCAGUAAAAUAUAGACCAGCAUGGUUGUAAAUACAUAGAUUAAAUUACAGCAUUAGCUGAAUUCGUACAAUUCGAUUGACUAAGUAAGAAAGACGAAGUUGCAAUGAAAAAAUAAAAAAAUGAAAAAAUUA